AUGGAGAUUUCUGGAAAGGAGGAUCCGGACUGUGCCGAGCUUGUAGACUGCUGGCCACCCCCGCUCAGCCAUUAUCCAUGCACUUGCCGACACAGGGACACCCGACAAUUGGCUGAUUUCAUCACUGCAUCAUCCAAUAAGCGUGUCUCUGAGGUGGAGGCCCGCUGUAGGGCUCAGCAAUCUCGCGCAAACCGACUUCAUCCCCUGCUCUAUGCCGCACCAAAUCGUGACGACUCGGAGGUUCGCUUUUCAGCCAUCUUUUAUGAAAGCAACUUUCACUUGGCCCCAGAGGUCAUGGAGACUCUCUGUAAUAUUCUGAAUUGUUCAGAACGACUGUCCGCCUCCGCUACGUGUCUGGCUUUUCGCGAUGGCAGGACCCCUCUGCUCACUUCGGUUCCUUUUCGCAUUGCGAGCAAACUUUGCAAAAGGGUUAUGGCGUCUCCCUCUUCCAUUUCAACGUACCCGGUCCGACCUCUACGAGUCGACAUAGUGGCUUGCAAUAUCUACGCAUUGGAACAGUUCUUUCUGUGCUUUUUACGCUGGCUCCAACGAUUAGCUUCCGAGGUACAACCCCUGACACCACUUAUCUGUAACGCCCUCCUCGGUCGCUAUGUCCAGUUCUCCGCGGGAGCGACCGUCAUAGGUAGCGUCUCUGCCUCCGUGACUAAUAUCCUGUCCCCUGGUGAAAUUUUGGUUGAACAGAGUCUUUUGGCCCGAUACUUGGAUCAAAUCCACGCCGCACAUGGUGGCUUACGCAAGAGCAUGGUGGCUGUCAUUACUGCUUCCCUGAUGCAAGAGGCCUUUUAUCGAAGCGUCUACGCGAUUGAGUACAUUCGGGCGAGUUGGCGUUCCCACUCGAGAGCAAUGAAAUCCAAACUAUUAUCUCCUGCACUGAUCUACCACUAA